AUGAUCUGCAGUUCUACCGAAAGCAAUACACGCUUCAUUGCCGCUCUCGUAUUGGGAGCUGCAGGUGAUGCCAUUGGAUUCCGAAAUGGUAAAUGGGAAUUCUUAAAAGAUGGUCUCCGACUCUUUGCUGACAUGAAACAACGAUAUGGUUCGAUUGAAAAUAUUAACGUUUCUGAUCAUGCUUCAUGGAAAGUUUCCGAUGAUACAGUCAUGUUUCUAGCAACUGCUGAAUCUCUCCUUGAAAGUCACAAAUCCAAACAAGUGAAUUUUCAUGAGAAGAUGACCACCAUGGCCAAAUAUUAUUAUUCAUGCGUUACAAAAGAUAUGGAUGGACGUGCACCUGGAUUGAAAUGUAUUUCAUCGCUCUCUAUUUUGAAAGGACAAUUUGAGAGAUGGAAUGCUUUGCCCUAUGAUCGAGCUGGUGGAGGAUGUGGUGGUUCCAUGAGAUCUCAACCUUGUGGACUUAUUUACUCGGGUGAAAAGAAUCGUGAAGAACUUGUUCGAACCUCGAUUGAAUCAGGUCGUCUCACUCACAAUCAUGCCACAGGUUACAUGGGUGCCUUUGUCUCUGCUCUCUUCACUUCUUAUGCUAUUGAGAACAUUCCUCCAAGAGAAUGGGGAUAUUUAUUCAUCACCAAAGAUUAUCCAUUAGCUCUCAAUUAUGUGAAAUUUUCACAACGAGAUUUACCUCAAACCACCAACGACAUGGAAAAAUUUAAAACAAAAUUCACUCAAUACUUGAAAGAAAGAGGCAUUGAAAAUGGGAAUACAGAUCCCAAAUUUCCUUCUUCAUAUGGAAUUCCUGAACGUGAGGAAUUUUACAAAAAGUGGAGUUACGAUGGAUGGGCUGGAGCGAGUGGCGACGAUUCAGUUAUUAUUGCCUAUGAUGCCUUGUUGGGAAGUAAUGGAGAUUGGGAAGAAUUUGUUCAUCGUGGAGUGCUACAUGGUGGAGAUAAUGAUAGUACUGGAUGCAUUGGAGCUACUUGGUUUGGAGCUUAUUAUGGAUUUCCUGAUAAGAAAUUUGAGAAAAAUUGGAAAAAUAUUGAAUAUUAUGAUCGAAUUGUAAAGGUUGCCAAUGAAUUGUAUUUACAAAAUCAAAAGCUUUAA